GUGUUUUUGUCCUUUCUGACCCCAGGAGUUUCCAGCUUUGGAGAAGAUGAACCCCACCUGCGCCCCCCUGCCCCGCGGUAACAUGUUAUUAUCACAUGCGGCUCUGAGUAAUGACGGUAUGAGGCUGCUGCACAGGCACAGCCCUCUCGUGGUCCUGAGCUCUGUGCGUCAUUCCUCAUCUUCCCUCUCAUCACACACCUCCAGCGACACUGGAACCACGCCCACUGCGGUAGACAGCGAGACAGAGGAUCCCUACUCCAUGCAGAUGCUGCUGCCUCACUCUCUCCAUGCUGGAUCCAUCACUAAUGUUUCUGCAUUAUCGUCCUCCUACACAAGCCCCUCCUCCUCCAGCCUCAGCUCCACCCAUUCUGCACCGUCACAGCUGAUCAACUCAGCGCCCUCUAGCACACGGGGUUCACCCUCCCUCCCAGACAAGUACAGACAUUCGCGGGAUUUGGUGAUGCUGCUUCCUGCGCCCCGGGACAGGCCCAGCAGUGCCAUGUACCAGACGGGGGCAGACGGUGGACAGCGCUGUGUGUACCCUCGUGCCCUGUUCCAGCAGGUCCUCGGCCCAUGCAAGCCCUGCAGUGACCCCAAUCUCUCUGUAGCCGAAAAAGUUCUUGCCGCACCCAGCAGUUGGAGUUUGGACAGUGGAACCAGGGAAUCUCUUCCUUUCCUGACCUCACAUGUUGGGAGCGUUCUAACACCAACAGGGACCACCAGGGGUCUCGCACAGGGUCAUUACGCUCUGCACUUUGAUGCUUUCCACCCCACUGUGGGGGAUGGGGCUCCGGCGCUACCUACAAGAUCUUUGCGCAAGAGUCCUCUGCACACUAUCCCUGCCUCCCCCACCAGUCCACAGUCUUGCUUAGAUGGCAGUAACUCUCCGCUCUCAGGCAGCGCCAGCAGUGGAGUCUCUUCUUUGAGUGAGGGCAACUUCUCUGGCUGUCCCGAUGCUACAACCAUCACAGAGUCUCGGGCCGAGGAGGAACAAAGCGGAUGUUACCAGCACUACCCCCCUGUGCGAUACAGUUUAUCUGACCCCAAUGGGCUGGAGCCUCCCAAGGUCCAGCCAUGUCGAAGCCACUCCGCUCCCACUGGGGUGACUCCACCUCGGUCACCCAGUGGGGAACAUGAAGAGGCAAAUGCAGAGCACGAUCGGCUACGGAGAGCCAGAAGGAACUGCCACAUGGGCAAAGAACAGCCGGCGCGGGUUGGGUGGGAACACAACAUGAGCAAACAGUAGUCAUGGGCUGGACUGGAGGAGCAAAGGGGCAACAGGAGGAGAGCCGGGGAGAGGUCAGUGCCCCCUGAUGUCUGUGUAUUAGGAGUAGGGGAGAGGUCAGUGUGUCCUGAUAUCUGUGUAUUAGGAGGAGGGGAGAGGUCAGUGCGUCCUGAUGUCUGUGUAUUAGGAGGAGGGGAGAGGUCAGUACAUCCUGAUGUCUGUGUAUUAGGAGGAGGGGAGAGGUCACUGUGUCCUGAUGUCUGUGUAUUAGGAGGAGGGGAGAGGUCACUGUGUCCUGAUGUCUGUGUAUUAGGAGGAGGGGAGAGGUCAGUACGUCCUGAUGUCUGUGUAUUAGGAGGAGGGGAGAGGUCAGUGUGUCCUGAUAUCUGUGUAUUAGGAGGAGGGGAGAGGUCAGUGCAUCCUGAUGUCUGUGUAUUAGGAGGAGGGGAGAGGUCAGUGUCCCCUGAUGUCUGUGUAUUAGGAGGAGGGGAGAGGUCAGUGUCCCCUGAAGUCUGUGUAUUAGGAGGAGGGGAGAGGCCAGUGCCCCCUGAUGUCUGUGUAUUAGGAGGAGGGGAGAGGUCAGUGUCCCCUGAUGUCUGUGUAUUAGGAGGAGGGGAGAGGUCAGUGCAUCCUGAUGUCUGUGUAUUAGGAGGAGGGGAGAGGUCAGUGUCCCCUGAUGUCUAUUAGGAGGAGGGGAGAGGUCAGUGCCCCCUGAUGUCUGUGUAUUAGGAGGAGGGGAGAGGUCAGGACACAGUGACGCCAGCAGAGGGUGUAGCGCAUCUUAUAGACAUAUCUACAGUAAGUGACACCUCAGCAUCUUCUCCUCCUGGGGCCCUGAUCUCAGUCCAGACACAAGUAAUACCUGUUCUUCCCAGCCUGUCUCCUUGCUGCCACCCCAGACUUUGGCACAUGGUCACCCACCUGCCCUGUCACCGCUAGGGGAGCCUCCCAGCUGCCACCUCUUGAUGUCUACGAGGGUCUGGAGGAAUUGGGAACCUGCAUCAGUCGCCGUCACCAUCAGACGAGAAUGAGCGAUCCCUCGUUAUGUGUCUUCAUAUUCUAUAGCCUCCGGCGGUGCUGUGUUGUGUCCUUGAUGAUCAGCUUCCCGCAGGGUGUGUGUUUGUAUAUACGGUGUCCGCAUGUUCUUCGCACACUGCGUGCCGUCCGGAUUAUGUGUAAAUACGAUUCACUGUUUCUGUUGUGAUAUUUUUUUCCUUCAGAUGGUUGUUAUAUGAAAAUAAAGUUUACCACCCUUAAA